UUAAAUUUCUUAACUUUUUCGUUACAGAAGAUUUGAUUACAGUAAUAUAUGUAGCUGAUAUGGAAAACGCGCCAGAAUGCCCCUGAAACUGACAUCAGUCAUCUUUGGCCACAGUUUUACACGAAUUCAAACCGUCGCAAGAUGCUUCUGUUCCAAUUCUGUAACCUUUGAACAGGUGCGACAACUUAUUCGAACACACACGGAAGUGACAUCAGAUCACAUGACUCCGGAGAUACAGCUUCAUUUAAUCACGCCAAAAUGUGCACUAUGGCACAGCAGAGGAGAAGACGCACCGUUUACUGAUCCAUUCUGGGCUUUCUACUGGCCGGGAGGACAAGUGUUAUCAAGGUUUGUCCUAGACAAUCCACGUCUGUUUACUGACAAGAGAGUCCUUGAUAUCGGGAGUGGAUGCGGGGCUUCCGCUAUCGCCAGUAAGAUGUCCGGCGCUCACACAGUCUGUGCUAACGACAUAGACCACGUGGCCAUAGAGGCAAUAAAAAUGAACUGUGAUCUGAAUAGAGUCUGCGUGGAUACGUCAUCAGAUGACAUCAUAGGCAGCAACUUGCGUGGCUGGGACAUUGUGUUUCUAGGUGACAUGUUUUAUGAUGAGAAUUUCACGGACAGAUUUAGCGUCUGGUUACCCCAGCUGUCCCAGGGAGGGAUAGAGGUGUUAGUGGGCGACCCUGGGCGUCUACCACUGGUCAGCCAUCCUCUGAGGAGAAAUCUGGUCAGUCUUUAUCAGUGUCCACUUCCGGAAAACUGUCUCAAGGAAAACAGUGGCAUGUCUACGGGAACAGUGUGGAAAUUCAAGUGUUAGAUAAA